GUUGUGGAAGGGAGGCGGUCCAGCCGUCAGCAGCAGCACAGAGGAGCGGCGGCGUCGCGGUGGCAGAGUGCACAGUGACUGGGCGUUAUCUUUUACAUGAUUAAAACACUAAACCGGGAGGAAUACACAUACGAAUCAAUAGAUACAUAUCUUCAAUAUCCAGUCCGUCAUGGAGUCCUAUGACAUUUUAGCUAACCAGCCGGUUGUGAUUGAUAAUGGUUCAGGGGUUAUCAAGGCUGGAUUUGCGGGUGACCAGAUCCCCAAAUACUGCUUCCCCAACUAUGUGGGACGUCCCAAACAUGUUCGUGUGAUGGCAGGGGCUUUGGAGGGAGACCUCUUCAUCGGACCCAAGGCAGAGGAGCACAGGGGCCUGCUGUCAGUGCGGUACCCGAUGGAGCACGGGAUCGUGAAGGACUGGAACGACAUGGAGAGGAUCUGGCAGUACGUUUAUUCCAAAGAGCAGCUGCAGACUUUCUCCGAGGAGCAUCCUGUGCUGCUGACUGAAGCUCCUCUCAACCCCAGUAAGAACAGGGAGAAGGCUGCAGAGGUUUUCUUUGAGACUUUCAAUGUUCCUGCGCUUUUCAUCUCCAUGCAAGCUGUCCUGAGCUUGUACGCCACAGGUCGCACCACUGGUGUCGUGUUGGAUUCAGGGGACGGCGUGACCCACGUUGUCCCCAUCUACGAGGGCUUCGCCAUCCCUCACUCCAUCAUGCGUGUGGACAUCGCUGGACGAGACGUCUCGCGGUACCUCCGUCUGCUGCUGCGCAAGGAAGGCUACAACUUCAACACAUCUGCCGAGUUCGAGGUCGUUCGCACGGUCAAAGAGAGAGCCUGUUAUCUGUCUCUGAACCCACAAAAGGACGAGACCUUAGAAACAGAGAAGGCUCAGUAUGUUCUCCCUGACGGAAGCACUUUAAACAUCGGCCCGGCCAGGUUCCGAGCUCCAGAGCUGCUCUUCAGACCCGACCUGAUCGGAGACGAAAGCUCGGGGAUCCACGAGGUCCUGGCUUACGCUAUCCAGAAGUCUGACAUGGACCUGCGACGCACGCUGUUCUCCACCAUCGUGUUGUGUGGAGGGUCGACACUCAUCAAAGGCUUUGGGGAACGACUACUAACUGAAGUCAAGAAGCUGGCACCCAAAGACGUGAAGAUCAAGAUUUCUGCUCCCCAGGAGAGACUCUACUCCACAUGGAUUGGCGGCUCCAUCCUGGCAUCGUUGGACACCUUCAAGAAGAUGUGGGUGUCGAAGCGGGAAUAUGAAGAAGACAGAGCACGUGCCAUCCACAGGAAGACCUUCUAGUCGGGGCGGCGUCCCACGAUCGCCCCCAGAACUGCCCUCAAAUGUCCCCCGUCAUACUGUUGGACUCCUGCACCUGUCGUCCCCGGGUACCUCUGCAUCGUCCUCUGUCAAAGCCCUGUCAGCCUCCUGCUUCACCCCCUCCACCCAGAGAAACUCACACAUUGAUGUGUGGUUGUCUCCAUAUUUACCUUCCGCUCCUCCUCCUCCUCCUCCUCCUGCUCCCCCCGCUCCUCCCCCUCCUCCCCCUCCUCCCCCCCCUCCUCCUGCUGUAGGGUGACAGCACCCUCCAAACGCUCGCACACAGAGGGCCGUCAGGGAGUCUGAGAGGGCAGCGAUUCGCACUGUGGACUCUAACUACUUUAAAUUUAGUCCACAUCCAAGUAUUGGUAUUGCUCUCUUGCUGACAAAAGCCCUGAAAGGUGUAGAAUAUCAUGAAAUGUCAGUAAACCUGAAUGUUUUUUGUUUUUUUUGCUACUGUUGAAGUUUCCAUUCCAGACCGAAGAUUUAGAUUUUUAUUUGAUGUCCAUUUUGUAGACUUGUUUUCUGUCUCUGACAUGCAUGAGCUCGUACAGAACGCAGGUCUGACGUACUGUAGUACUACACAGAGCUAGUGUCAGUCAGCAGAUACACACUGUGUCGUAGAUCGGGCCUAAACUGCGCAGUUAGCGGCUUAAUUUAUCACCCAGCUGAUAUUCUGUCACGGUUGCAGAUGAAAUGUUUCUACAUGAACGUCACGUGUUUGUGUUGAUGAGGAAAACCUUCAGUCAGCUUUUUGUGUCAGCUGACGGCAUUAAAACGAAGUAGAACAACGCCUUGAUUUUUUUUUUUUUUCUUCAGUCCGUCAUUGGAUUUCACAUUUACAGCAGUCAGAAUGCACAUUAAAGGAGGAAGACGGUGUUUUUCAGCCUGGGUCUUAUCAUUAUUGUGGUGGCGAAUCAAGAAACGUAACCCGACGUAAAAAGCUAAAAGUUAUAUAAAGCUUCAGGAAUCGUUUUCAACACCAGACUUAAGUUUAAAUGAAGCAAAGCAGCAUCAGCAGGAAUAACAAACAUGUUGAACAGAGUUUAGAGGUCAGAGGCGUUUGGGGGGCCAACGCUGUGGCUCUUUGGUCUUUUCCCGCCAUGGAAGCUCAUUUCUGCUGAUCGUAACUCUUUUUGACGAUGCUGUACGUAAGUUUCUCACCAUGACGACUCCCAUAUUCUCCUGUGGUGUCAUCACUUUGGUGGAAGUGGUCUUCCAUAUCCUCCCUGGAGGAGAAACUGUGUUGACCCCAGCUGUGAUUCCUCUCGUUGGUCUUGAUUUCUCGCUCUGUGGCGACAUUUUUCCUCCUCCAGGCCGGUGUGGACAACUUGUAUGUUUUGGCUUAAAACGUGCUGCUGGAUUACAGUUUUUGAGUUUUGUGACCCAGCUUGAAAACCACUUGAUUCCUUUAAAUGUCUUCAAGCGUAACCCUGAGCUGAUCUGAUGAAACCGUAGCUGUCGAGGCCCACCUGUCUGUUAGCAGCUUCAGUCAGAUGCACGUCAGUCGUGUGCAGUUCAGGUCUCCACGUGAAGCAGGACUCCGCUCUGCAGGAAGCCAACGUGGCUGAUGAUUAGUUUUUGUAUUCUCCUCCUCCUCCUCCUCCUCCUCCUCUGUGUACUCGUAGAAGUCUGGAUCUUAUGAUUUCCCUGCAUCUCGCUGGCAGUGAAGGGGUCGUGUCCUCACCUGUGUCCGCCUUACUCCGCAGCGUCCACGCCGGAGCGUCCACAUCGUCUGCUUUUGGAUGUUUUUAACAGGUUGUAAGAUGUCAUCAGCCUUGUGUACAGUGGAAUGCGUUUCAGAAACAACCGCCACAAAACCAUAGGAUAACAGACUAAAAAUGUACAAUACUGUUUAUUCAAGUGUUUGCUUUUACUUUUCGUAAAUUCAAUAUAAUAAAUAAGUUAAUGGCU